AUGAAUACAAAACAGACGUCCUUAGAAAGUUUCCUUGGAAAAAAGAAAAGGCUCAGUGAAGAGACCGAAGAGCCUUCAACAUCAAAGAAACAUGCAACUUUUAACAGACAAUACCAUGAGUCCUACUUGAAGUAUGGUUUUGUCGGGACAGGCGAUUCACACAAACCAAAACCGCUCUGCAUAGUUUGCGGCGAUCAACUCUCUAAUGACGCAAUGAAACCUUCAAAACUGCUUCGCCACUUGAACGCCAAGCACCCUGGAUUAAAAGACAAGUCCCUGGAGUAUUUUGAAAGAAAAAAACGGGAACACGAAGGACAGAAAAAAUUUAUGAUGGCCACCACAUCAAUAAAGGAGAGUGCACUAAGAGCAUCAUAUUUGGUGGCUAACCGCAUUGCUAAAGCUAAAAAGCCAUUCAAUAUUGGUGAAGAAUUAAUCUUGCCCGCCACUAAAGACAUUUGCCGUGAAAUACUAGGAGAAGCUGCUGUGGAAAAGAUAGCACAUGUGCCUUUGUCGGCUAGCACUGUGACUAGGCGCAUUGAGGAAAUAGCCGAAGACAUUGAAAAGCAAUUGUUGGAGAGGAUUAAUGCAUCACCGUGGUACGCACUCCAGGUUGACGAAUCUACAGAUAUUGACAGCAAGGCAGUACUACUUGUUUAUGUGCGAUAUCUAUAUCAGGAAGAUGUGCAUGAGGAUUUGUUAUGUGCACUAUCUUUGCCAACCAACACCACAGGAGCAGAACUGUUCAAGUCACUGGAUGGUUAUAUAUCAAGACAACUAAAAUGGUCCUUUUGUGUAGGCAUAUGCACAGACGGAGCUGCUGCUAUGACCGGACGUCUAUCUGGUUUAACUGCUCGGAUUAAGGAAGUUGCACCUGAGAGUGAAGCUACACAUUGUCUCAUUCACAGGGAAGUGCUAGCAAGCCGAAAAAUGUCACCAGAAUUUAACAGCGUAUUGAUUGAUGUCGUUAAAGUUAUUAACUACAUCAAAGCACACGCCCUUAACUCGCGCCUGUUUGAGCAGCUUUGUGAGGAGAUGGACGCAGAGUACAGAUGCCUUCUGUUAUACACAGAAAUAAGAUGGUUAUCCAGAGGAAAAUCGCUACUGAGAGUAUUUGAAUUGCGAGAGCCAUUGCAAAGAUUUCUCUUAGAAAAGAAGUCACCGCUGGCAGCACAUUUCAGUGACAAGGUAUGGGUCACCAAACUGGCUUACCUGUGUGACAUAUUCAACCUGCUGAAUGAACUCAAUCUGUGCCUUCAGGGGAAAAUGACAACUGUUUUCAAGUUGGCUGACAAAGUAGCUGCCUUUAAAGCCAAACUGGAGUUAUGGGGACGACGCGUGAACAGAGGCAUUUUCGACAUGUUUCAGACAUUAGCGGGUAUUUUAGGCGAGACAGAGCCUGAAGAUUCAUUCUCCCAGUUGGUUCACGAUCACCUGUCUUUGCUUUUAAAAGAGUUCGAGCGCUACUUCCCAACCACAAAAGACCCACGAACUGGUAAGGAAUGGAUCCGCGACCCAUUUGCCAACAAAUCGGGUGAAUCUAGCUUGUCAAUGCAAGAAGAAGAUCAACUGUUGGAGAUUGCAAAUGACGGCGGCCUUAAGACUACGUUCGAAACAACAACUCUGCCGGUGUUCUGGAUUAAAGUCUUGGCAGAAUACCCCGAGAUUGCCACCACAGCACUUAAAUCCCUAUUGCCAUUUCCGACAACCUAUCUGUGUGAAGCGGGAUUUUCUGCAGUAACAGCAACCAAAACAAAGCAACGGAAUAAACUGGAGAUAAGCAACACACUUCGGGUGUCAUUGUCUCCGAUUACCCCCAGAUGGAGCCGUCUUAUUGCAAAGAAACAAGCUCAGGGUUCUCAUUGA